UUUAUGGGUAGCAUCAUUUGGUCGGAUGAAGCCCAAUUCAAACUUAAUGGAACUGUCAAUAGGCACAAUUGUGUUUACUGGUGUGAAGAAAAUCCUCACAUUACAAUUGAAAAAGCUGUAAAUUUGCCUGGUGUAAAUGUGUGGUGCGGUUUGUCUUCAAGGGGACUCAUUGGACCUUUUCGAUUUGAAGGCACUGUAACUGGUAUUAAUUACCUAACAAUGCUUGCUGAUUCCAUAUUUCCUGCCAUUCGUGCAUUAUACGAUAAUGAUGAUUUUUAUUUUCAACAAGAUGGUGCUCCGCCGCACUAUCACAGGGACGUACGAGCUUACCUGGAUCAAAAUUUGCCGGGCCAGUGGAUAGGACGCAGGGGGCCAAUCGAGUUUCCACCACGCUCUCCAGACCUUACACCACUGGAUUUCUUCUUGUGGGGCACAGUAAAAGAUGAGGUGUACAAACGUAAACCACGUAACCUAGACAUUCUUUGGAAUGAGAUUCAAGCAGUGUGUAGAGAAAUCUCAUUGGACGUUUUGAUACGAUGUACAGAAUCUGUGGUGACUCGUACUCAGAAUUGUAUUGAUGCUGCAGGUCACCAAUUUGAACAGUAUUAACAUUUGUUAUUUAUGUUUCAUUUACAUUGGAC